CCUUUUUUUGUGUCGUUUGGUCAACUCGUAAUUGCGAUAUUUCCGACAGGAGUCGAGGACAGUAAAGUGUCGCUGCACUUCCUAUGGCCAUAUUUGGGUGAGCAUCGGUGGAGCGUGAGCUCAGGAAGCAUUUCGAAGGACAAAAAAAUGAGCUUGUGUCUGUCGUCUAUCGCAAGAAAAACAUCCCAACGUUUUUUUCACCGAAGUUGACUGCGCCUUGUUCACAGAAGAAAACAACGUCCUUUCUGCUGCUGCAGUGCUCAGAGCUUUGAUUCACAGGAACUCUGACACACGCAGACGCAAAAACAUUUCACACUGGAAAACUGUCAGGAGACACAGUGAAAGAUCAUGACGACGCUGCUGGACCUGAAGAGUAGUAUGCUGAGGCAGGUGCAGAGGAGCCAGUCGCUGAGGAGCCGAAGGGAGCCGCCACCCACCGCCAGCAGCCCCCUAACACACAGUCCUGAGCCCUUACCUCGCAGGAUUUCCGAGGAGAGCUUGGAGUUCUUUGAGCGUGUGAAUGCCAUCCUUCAGAAGCAGGAGAACAUGCUGCGGGCUGCCCAGGCUGAGUGCCAAAGAGGGGCCUGCACAGUGCCGCCGCCCCAAGAGCAUGUGGACCAGGCCUUUAUCCCUGACAGAAGCAGAAGGACAGAGCUGGACCUGCUUUAUGAGGAAGCUGUGUACACGGUGGUCAACCGGGUGGGAGUGCCUUCAUCUGAACAUGUGACAAGUGACGAAGAGCUGUUUGCAUACCUGCUAAAGGCAUUUGAUAUGGGCGAAGAGGAACAUGACAUCAUUCUCCAAAAAAUUCAAGAAUCCAAGCGGGCCAGUUUUUCCUUGAGAGUUUCUGUCAUGAAAGCAAAGAAUCUCAUGGCCAAGGAUGCAAAUGGGUACAGCGACCCCUACUGCAUGCUGGGAAUCCUCCUGGGCCAGAGCCCGCGGGAGAUGGAGGAGAAGAAGGAGAGGAAGUUCAGCUUCAGGAAGAGAAAGGAGAAGCUGGAGAAACGCUCCAGCAUCAAGGAGGUGUUACCUGCCAGGUGUAUCCAGGUGACUGAGGUCAAACCAGAGACUCUCAACCCAGUGUGGGACGAGCACUUUGUGUUUGACAUAGAUGAUGUCCACAAUGACCUCUUACAUCUUGACAUAUGGGAUCAUGACGAUGACGUGUCUGUUGCCGAGGCCUGCAAAAAGCUCAAUGAAGUCAGUGGACUUCGAGGAAUGGGCAGGUAUUUUAAGCAAAUAGCAAAGUCAGUGCGUUCCAAUGGAUCUGCAUCAUCAGGCUCUGAGGACAACGCUGAUGACUUCCUCGGAUGCAUCAACAUCCCUUUGAAUGAGAUCCCAAUUGUCGGCUAUGACACCUGGUUUAAGCUGGAGCCUCGAUCAAGUACGUCCAAAGUUCAGGGAGAAUGUCACCUGAUACUGAAGCUCUUCACCAGCCAGAGGGACACAGCUUUGUCUAAGAAAGACUCAAAUGUCUCCAUUCACAAGAAACUGCUGAGUCAGAUUGUGGAGUAUGAGCACGCUCAUGUUAAAAGAGAGCCGUACAACUGGAAUGGGCAAGUUUGUCCUCCAGCAUGGACUGUACUGACUCACCAUGCUGUGCAAACUGAUCUCUCACCUCUCCAACAGGCCAUUAUUCGCUGGCAGUGCUACAGCAGCCACCAUCGGACACAGAGGGUGUGCUACUCCCUGCUGCUGCGCCUCCUGAGGACCAUCGAUGCAGAGUGGGACCCCGUCGCUGUGAGGGGAGACCUGGAGAGGCAGCUUUCAGACAGCUUCAGGCUGUACACAGAGCACUGCCUGUGCCUGAUGAAGAACAUGCGUCAGGUUUUCCCCUGCACCAGUGUCGCUGCCAUUACACGCUACGAGCUCAUGCUAAGGGGGAUUGGCUACAUGCAGAACAUGCGAGCGUUUAAGUCUGUGUGUCCUCUUCGAAAUGAACUGCAUUUGGACAUCACUACUGCUGCCAAGAAAGGGACUGUGGAGUGGUACGAGAGCCUAAUUGCAAGAUAUAAACCAGAGGAUGGGACUCUGGAGGAGCAGCUGAAGAAGCUGGUUCAGGUGGUUGAUGCCACGUGUGCAGACGUACAGAGAGCCCAGAACAUCUACAACAAACUCUUCUACAGUGCAGUGAAAGUAGAUUUCUUCAGCAUAUCGUACAGGCAGUUGGAGAAACAGGUAGCCGAUGAUGUAAACGUCGCAAUGGAGCGGGUUUGUGGGACUCUGGAGCAGGAGAGCUCCAGACUGACUCAGACAAUGGGAGAAACCAUCUUUGAGCUCUUCAUGUCCUUGAAAAUGCUCAAAGGCUUUCAGGAGUUUCUUCCUCUCAAGGAUGCUAAAAUCUUGGCCCUGACAAGCUUUCAUAACUGGUUCAAGUCCUCGAUUCAUAAGUGGCUGCAGAUCGUUCAUGAAAGAUCCUGUGACAGAAUUCAUAAAGCAGUGGAAACAGACAACCUCGAGCCUGUGCAGCAGGCCAAACACAGCUCCUCAGCAGUGGAGGUGACAACAUGCUUCAGCCAGGUACGCGAGAUCUGGCUCCAGCUGGCCUGGCCAGACUCUGCGGGGGCCUUCAUCUUUGUCACUCGUUUGACAGACAAUUUCUGCAGCGAGGCUGUGUGCUACUCUGAGAUGAUAACACGCAAGAUAGAGAGGAACCAGCUGGGCCGAGACCAAAAGAGCUUCAUAGUGCAGCUCUGCAUCGCCCUGAACAACACGGAGCUUGUGCGCGUUUUCCUGGGUCACCUGCCCCGUGACCUGGACUGGCAAGGUGUGGAGCGGGCCAUGGAGGAGUCCUGUGGGGUGGAGGGGAAGGAGCAGGUUUACAAGGCUCUCAAUGGGCAGCUGUUCAACAUGGACCUGGACCUGCAGAGAGAAGCCAAACGUCUCAUCACACUGCUCACCGACAAGAUGCUGCCUGAGCUGCGGAGGUACAUCCAGCACAUCAGCCUGUCCCCAGACUCCAUUAACAAUGAUGAAGCUGUGUCGCCUCUUAUGAAAUACUUACAAGACACUAUGGUCAUCAUCAGUGAAAACCUUGUGAAGGAGAAUCUGACUAGAGUUCUCCAAAGCAUGUGGGAGCUUCUCCUGCAGAUGAUCCUAGAUGCGGUCGCAGAAAACAGGGGUGUUCAGGUGGAGUUCUACAACCGCUUCCAGUACACAGUGGAGACCCUGUUGCAGUUCUUGCAUGUGAAGGGAGAGGGUCUUUCCUUGGAAGACAUGAAGAGUGGAGACUACAAGGUUCUGGAUGAAGAGCUUAGGCUGAAUAAAUGUUCCUCCUUUGAGCUGAUUGAACAGUACUAUCUGGAGAAGAUUUCCCAACAGAAAACACUCAAACAUACCUGUUAUGGUCGGAUCAGUGUGAAGUGCUACUAUGAUGCUCCGGAGCAAAGACUGACGGUUGAGAUUCUGCACGCUGCAGAUAUCCUUGCACUGGAUGCUAACGGUCUGAGUGACCCAUUUGUCAUAGUGGAGCUCUGUCCUCACCACCUGUUCCCUAUGGCCAAGAGUCAACGCACGCAAGUGAAACUUAAGACCCUGCACCCAGUAUUCGACGAACUCUUUUACUUCCAUGUCAGUCCGGAACAGUACAGACACAGGUUUGCCUGUUUGACAUUCACUGUGAUGGACUAUGACUGGCUUUCCACCAACGACUUUGCCGGUGAAGCUGUGGCUCCUCUCAGCGACUUCUGCUGGCCAGGGAGACCGAACGCCUCAGCCGCCGGAAAGAGCGUCCAGCCUUUCAUCCUCCACCUGUCUCGCAGUAAACCCAGCGAAAAGCCAAUCAUGAGGAUGCUGGACGCUCGCAUCGGUGACAGGGAGGCUCAGGAGUUUGUCCGCAGGCUGAAGGAGAUUGAGAAAUCAAUGGAGGAGGAGUAAAAGCUGUCAGCGCUGCCUGUGUUGGUGUUUUCUGACCACGUCUUGCGACAUAUGUGCUUUUGUACUGGUAUCAUGUUUACAAUAUUUGAAUUUUUUCCAAUGUUAUUGUUUGUUCAGUAAUUAUACCAAAAUGAAAAGAGAAAAAAGGAAAACAGUAAAGCUUAACACUGUUUUCUAUCUGGGAAAUGAACAUCUUGUCACUGUGCAACCUUAUGCUGUCUCAGUUAAACUAUAUUUUAGAAUUUAAUGGAUAGUUGAUCCUGAAUGUUACUAGUCUAUAUUUUUUGUAAUGAGGUAUUGUUAUCUUUGUUGUAUGAUCUUUGAUAUGAUAUAUUUAACAUUUCAGAACUAUUUUGUGGAAGUAGCUUAUGUAUCCAAAAGUAUUCAGUCAAAGUCUAAAUCUAUACCUCAGAUAUGCUCAUUAGUUGCAAGGGAGUGUAAUAGGCAUCGAGACUUUUCAUUCUCCAUGGACAUUGUGGAGAUACAUUGCAUGAAAGCCUAUUUAAGAUGUGAAAGCUUGAACCCACAUUGUAUUUCCUGAUCAUACAGUGGCUUAUGAACAAACAGCCAUGUGUAAAAAAUACCUGUCAUGAAGGAAAUCAUGAAGACACAUACAGCUUUGGGGGAUUGCACUUUCUGAGACUUAGUGUUUUAAGGCCAGACAGUUUAGCAGUAGGGAGGCCUAAUACUCCCCUGAGGCACACGCCACAGCUCUGCUUCAUUCGUCUUUUCAGAUUGCUCUUCACAAAGCUCAUGAUGGGUCAUUGAAAAGGCCCAGAACCUUGUGGAGGGAGGACCAAUUAUUUUAAUUCAGUUGCUUCUUGCUGUCUGACAUCAGCGAGCCAACAUCUGUGCAGAAAUGUAUGUGACAGGUUUUUUUUGGCAGCAGUGCGCAAGUAAGUUGUACAAAAUCAACACAUUGACAGAAACAAAUCCAUCUGUCAUAUGUUAAGAAUGUGUUGAAUAAUGAACAGGUUAAUUUAGAGAGCUGACUUAACUGACCUUUCUACAGCUUCAUUCGAUCUGAAUCUGUGUUGUCUACAGUAAAUAGGGAGCUACCGCCUGCUGCUGGUUAGCUUAGCUUAGCACAAAGACUGGAAACAGGGGUAAAUGGCUAGCUUGGCUCUGUCCAAGGGUAAAAAAAAUGUGCCUACCAGUACCUCUAAAGCUCACUAAUUAAUACGUUAAAUGUUGCACAGUGACUUACUGGAGUUUCUGCUGGUUGCCUGGCUACCUCAUGGUCAUGCCAAGACCCCUGAAAUUAUUCAAUUAUAAUAUAUAGACAAAUAUUCAAUACAAAUAUUCAAAAAUGUUAACUAGAUUUUGCCACCCUGAGUGGUACCGAAAAGUGAAAUGUCGAUAGCUAGCCAACGAACUAGAAGUGACUGCAUCCAGUCAAGAAAUAGACCUGCACAUAAUCCCCAUAAAACCACAAUGUGUUGUUUUUACACUUCAGCUUUUGUACGGCUCAAACUCUCAGUUCAGUUCAGUCACUUUAUUAUCGCAGAUGGGAAACUUAAGCUUAAACUCUGGGCAAGAAAACGAAUAAGUGUAUUUCCCAAAAUGUUGCCAACCAGCAUUAAAGUCAUUACCAACAAGGUUCUUUGCUUUUUAAUGUUAUAAUUUAUUUAAGAUACUAUUUCAAGUUUUAGUUGCUUAAUUUUGAAAAAAUACUAUUUUGUCAACUUUAACUAUUGUGUAAACAAGAACACAGUCCAACUAAACAAAUAAUUAAUUUGUGAAAUAAUUCAUCACUUUUGCACCUUGCUUCUCCUCCUCGGGGAGCAGAAGCUAUAUUCAGAACCAUUCAUACAUACAUUCAUACACCCUGUUCCUGAUAAUUGAAAGGGAGAAAAUACAUCCUGGCGUCCCCAAAGAUUACACAGUGUGUUGCACAGUUUGUGGCCAGAUGGUAGCUAAUUGCAGCUAAUGAGCUCAUAUAGUGUUCAGAAAGUUCUGGAAACAGCGAUUAAAUGUGGCAAACCCAUUUUUUAUCCCAACUUUAAAUCAAUGCAGGCUCAUCACAGGCCUUAAAUUUGAGUUUCAGUCUCUGUGUGGGGCUUAAUCUCUUGAGGUAAAGAGAAAGAAAAAGCAUAAUGAACCUUUGCAGUGGCAUAAUUAUACUUAAGGGGUAAGGCAAGACCUCGCUGCCUGCACCAGCUCUCAUUGGCCUGCCAGGUAUAAUUCAACACCAUGCUCUCACCAGUCCUCCAAAGCUGUGUGUCUCGUCUGUGACUAAAGGGUAGGAAUUAAUAUUUUCGUAUAAAAAAAUAAUAAAUAAUUCUAUCGUAGCAAGUCUAAAGGCCAAGUUUCCUGUAGAGGCUUUCAAUUAAAGCAGAAUUAGGUUUACAUCUAAAAUAGUUAAUGAUGUUUAAAAAAGUAAAAAACGAUUUUACUUCAUACAAAGUCCUGGACUAACAAACUUAAUUUCAGUCAGCUGUGUUCGUCUUCUAGUGAGAGUGUACUCAGCUCUCACUAACGAGGUUAAUAUCAAUCACCUGUGUCGUUGGGCAGAAGCUGCUCAUGAGAGCUGAAACUGGUUCCAAAAACCCCAUAAUAAAGUGGAAUUGAAAAACAAAAAAAAACAGACAAAACAAUAAAAGCAUGAAAAAUACUUAAUUUCCCAUGUCUCUACAGACUGUAAAUGUAUUGGACCUUCCAAACUAGAGGUUUAAUUUAAGCCCCUUUAGUCCUAGAGAAACUUUAAUCUUCCUUUCAGGAAAUCGUUCCAGUGCAAAACUGACUUAAAUGUAGGACUAUUUUCAAUUAAUCUAGUAUAUUUAAGCUUAAUUCCUGUCCAGGAAACUGGCCCUUACUGUCACAAAUGUAGCUUCAAGUUUACAACUGGUAAAAGACAAGGCAGUUAUAUGCAUCUGAAAAAAAUGCAGAAGAGGAACACUCCUCUACCCUACAUAAAACCACCCAACAAUAAGAAAAAACGGGUAUCAUGAUGUUGAGUUUCUGUUUGCACCUUAAAAAGAUUUUAGUAAUAUAUACAAAUCAGGCCUUUAGGAGUUGUUAAUGAAUGAUGCCACUUUAAAUGUGGCACUUUUAUUGUAUCUUAAUGACAACACAACAGAAAAGAGCAACAGAUGUGUAGUGAAGAAACACUGGAAAAACACUGUAGCAAGUACCGAGAGCUUAGCACCUGAGAUUUCACACCGACAGCGUUUUGUCAGUGAUGUAACUUAACAGUAGCUGCUUGUGUAGUGCUUUGUCGUUACUCUGUGAAGUUGUGAGGAUGAAGUACGCAAAAAAACAUAUCUAUGCCUGAAGAGUGUGCUGCAUUGCAGGGACUGUUCAGUUGAUCAAGAAGCUUGCCUUACUUAACAGGAGUGAGGAAUCCUUUCAGUCCAUCUGAACAGCACUUGCCUUUACGUUUUGUUUUUAAGAUAUCGUAGGCAGAAUUUGUCUUAACAAUUGUUACUGAACUCUUUCAUUGUUAGUAUAUUAAUAUCCGCUGCCAUCUUUGUUGUUAACAGUGCUGUCCUAAACAAGCACAGAAGUGCGUCAGUAUAUUUGAAUAGUUAAUGGAUUUAUUGAGUGGCAGUGAUAUUUUCUCUAAAUUACUUUAAAACCAGAUAUUCUGGCCAGAUGUUUACACAAAUAAAUUCAACCUCACUCUGAAUCUAAACCAGUAUAUAAUACAAAGUUAGCUAAUAUUGUAUACCAAAAUUUAUACUAGGGUCACAAGAAAACUUUCAGAGGUAAUUUACACAUUUCUAACAGGGACAGUUUUAAGUGGAAAAUCUUUUUCCAGAUUCUUUGUGAGGAAAGAGUCUUUUCCUAUUAAAUACACUUGUCUAUGUUCAGUCACAGUGUUGUAGAUGUCCUUAUGUUGCCCUUAAACAGGCAAUCUGGUCAGUAUUACUUGAGUAAAGUGAUUUUAAAAAAAAUUCAAAGAAAGUAUUCUAGUCUUUAAAUGUUCAGUGAAGUCAGUUGUAUUAUCAUAUUCAUUUCCUAAUAAGUGGAUUUCUUAAAAGACUGGCCAUAAUUUAAAAAGGCAAAGGAUAUCAGACUGUGAAUUAACAGAAUAUCAUCACCAUGUAAUGUCAUGACUGUCAGCACUGACAUGGACAUAUUUUAUUUAAGGUAAUAAUUUAGAAAUAUUUAUUGAAUUGAGUAUUUGGUUUUGUUGUCUGCUGUCCAAAUUUAAAGGCAACAGCUGUGGAAACGUAUCUUCAAGAAGCAAAACACCUUCAAUUUGUUACCGUAAAAGUGAAUUAUUUGUCCUUGAAUUGUAAAUGCCUGUGUUGCUGUUUAUUGGAUUAUACCUUUGAGAGAUGUCUAUCACCUUAAAUAAAGAUUGUAUUUAAAUUUGAA